GGACACUUAUCAAUUUUUAUUGAGUGGAAAUGAAUUUCAACUGUGCUUUGACAUAAAAUCUGAACAAAAGCGCCGAUUUUAAUUCGCGUUUUUUAACGCUUUCCACUAAAUUCCAUGUUUUAUUAAGUUUCAAAGCCAAACGGCAUUUUAACAUGCUUUGAUGCCAAAUUCUUUAUAUCUUUUGACAGUUUUCGAUUUUUUUGUUACAAAUACAAAAUUUCUUUUCCAAAAAACAAAAAUGAAAACAAAAAAACGCUGAGCAAGAAUGAAGUUCUUCGCCGUUUAAUUUCAAUUUCAUGGACGUGAAAACUAACGCGGCAGUAGAAGGAUAUUUAAAUGCACUUCUUCUAGAUGUUCGUGAUCGUUGCGAAGUAGAAAAUACUAAACAGAUUUGUGGAAGUAUUAACAUUCCAGUAACCGAGCUCGUAAAUGCUUUUAAUGAAAUCUCAGAAUUGGAAUUCAAAACUCGCUACGGUUUCAAGAAACCGGGACCUGACUGUCCAAUCAUUAUCUGCUACCAAGCGGGGGUUAGAGCUGCUCAUGCUUUAAGAAUCAUGCAAAGAUUAGGAUACCGAAAAGUUUUCACCUACAAGGGAAUGCACAACUGCUAAACGAAACAUAACUAUAGAUACUUGUCAAUUACCAAAAUAAAAGAAAGAAAUUCCAAAUUCUGUUUACUGCCGCUAUGCGAAAAACAAUUCUUUUCUUUAU